AUGAGUGGAUAAGGCAUGUGAGGUAAGGAAAAAAAAGAGAGAGAGAGGAGAUGAUAGGGUUUGGAUGGCUGUUGGUCUUCACCUGUUGGAGAGGAGAUGAUAGGGUUUGGAUGGCUGUUGGUCUUCACCUGUUGGAGAGGAGUGGAUAAAGCAUGUGAGGUAAGGAAAAAAAAAUCUUUAAAAAAUAAAAUAAAAUGCGAGUAAGAAAAAAGAUCAAAGCAAGGGCUGGGAUUGUGCCACGAGAAUUGGUCGGGAAAGCAUAAUUAAGCAAGACCCUUUGCUUUAAUUAAUCAAUCAACACGUGCAGCUAGCACAUUCGACUAUUUACCUUUUUUAGUUUUUCUUUUGUCUUUUUCUACUUUGCUUUAAUUAAUCAAUCAACACGUGCAGCUAGCACAUUCGACUGUUUACCAACACAUUCGACUUUUUUAGUUUUUCUUUUGUCUUUUUCUAUUUUUGGUACCAACACGUGCAUCUAGCACUUAUAUAUAUUCUUUCAAACUUCUUCUACUCACGCAAAGCCAUUCAUAUAAGAAAAUGUCUCUCCAAAUUUUAGCAUCUCAAGCUCAAAGGCCAGAUACCGUUACUGAUGUUAAGCGACCUUCAGCUAAUUUUACCCCAAGCAUUUGGGGUGAUCAUUUUCUCUCUUAUGCUACCACGGAAGUUGACAUUAAACUUGAGCAACAUGUCCGAGAACUGAAGGAAGAGGUGAAAAGAAUGCUAAUAGACUCCUUCAAAAAUCCUUCACAACAAUUAGACUUGAUUGAUGACAUUCAACGCCUAGGCGUGUCCUAUCAUUUUGAAAAUGAGAUUGAUAAAAUUUUGAAACAAAUUCGCCACAACUACUCUUAUGGUAGUGAAGAUGACCUUUACACUACUGCUCUCCGUUUUCGAUUGCUGAGACAACAAGGUUACAAUGUUUCAUGCGAUAUGUUCAACAAGUACAUGGAAGCAAAUGAUCAAAAGUUUAAGGCAUCUCUCUUGAGUGAUGUAUCAGGACUAUUAAGCUUGUAUGAAGCCGCCCAUCUUAGGAUACGGGGAGAAGACAUACUUGAAGAGGCUCUAGCUUUCACCACCACUCAUCUUGAGUCGAUCAGACACAGUUUAAGCCCUCCACUUUCGAAACAAGUAGCUCAUUCCUUAAUUCAGCCACUUCGGAAGGGCAUCACAAGGGUGGAAGCUAGAUAUUACUUGUCAAUCUAUCAUGAACGCGAUUCACAUAACGAGACUCUCCUGACUUUUGCAAAGUUGGAUUUCAACCUACUGCAGCAAGUCCAUCAAAAGGAACUAUGUGAAAUUACAAGGUGGUGGAAGGACUUGGACGUGAGAAACACCUUGCCGUUUAUAAGAGAUAGGGUUACCGAAGCUUACUUCGGCUGGGUUUUGUCAGUGUACUUCGAACCUCAAUAUUCCUUUGCUAGGAGGACAUCAUGCAAAGUCACCGCCAUGACAUCUAUUAUAGAUGACAUUUAUGAUGCCUAUGGCACACUUGAAGAACUGGAGCUCUUUACUAAAGCUAUUCAAAGGUGGGACAUCUGUGCCAUAGAUCUAUUACCUGCAGAUUAUAUGAAAGUCUGUUAUAAGGCACUGUUAGAAGUCUACACUGAAAUUGAACAAGAGCUUGCAAAGGAAAGAAAGUUGUAUCGAAUCCACUACGCCAGAGAAGCUAUGAAAAAGCAAGCUGAAAAUUACUUCCUUGAAGCUAAAUGGUUGCACCAGAAACACAUACCAACAAUGGAUGAAUACAUGGCCGUAGCUUUAAUGACCACAGGCUACCCUCUGCUAAUAACAACAUCUUUUGUUGGAAUGGGAGAUAUUGCUACACAAGACUCCAUCGAUUGGUUGGCCACUUAUCCCAAGGCUGUAAAAGCGGCUGCGGUAGUUGGCCGACUCAUGGAUGACAUAGCGGACCAUAAGGUACAUACCAAUUGCUAUAUAACAAGUCUCCACUAAUUUCAUCAUCGAUCACUUCAAGACUUUAUCCUGCAUAUAGUGGUUGUUAAUUGAUAUAUUGUACUUAAUUAGCACGGUUCUGUAUAUGAGCCAGUUUCUAUCUUGAGCUAACAACGUUAAUAUAUUGUCUGAAUGUCACCUUUUUACUCAAAAU